CUGGUACACGUCCUAGAAUUUUCAAAACGGGAAGGACCCGCUUGUAGGGGACAAUGCUAAGGGACAGUAUGAAAUCUUGGAAUGACAGCCAGUCGGAUCUCUGUAGCAGUGAUCAGGAAGAGGAAGAAGAGAUGGUUUUUGGUGAAAAUGAGGAUGAUUUGGAAGAGAUGAUGGAUUUAAGUGACCUGCCUACCUCCCUUUUCGCCUGCAGUGUCCACGAAGCGGUGUUUGAAGUCCAGGAACAGAAGGAGAGAUUUGAAGCGCUUUUCUCCCUCUAUGAUGACCAAGUUACAUUUCAAUUAUUUAAAAGCUUUAGAAGAGUCAGAAUAAACUUCAGCAAGCCUGACGCGGCAGCAAGAGCGCGCAUAGAACUCCACGAAACGGACUUCAACGGCAAGAAGCUGAAGCUGUACUUCGCGCAGGUGCAGAUGUCCGGUGAGGCACGGGACAAAUCCUACCUCCUGCCGCCGCAGCCCGCCAAGCAGUUCCUCAUCUCCCCGCCGGCGUCUCCGCCCGUGGGAUGGAAGCAGAGUGAGGAUGCGAUGCCUGUGAUCAACUACGAUUUGCUCUGCGCCGUCUCCAAGUUGGGGCCAGGGGAGAAGUACGAGCUGCACGCGGGAACCGAGUCCACCCCGAGCGUGGUGGUGCACGUCUGUGAAAGCGAGACCGAAGAGGAGGAAGAACCCAAAAACCCCAGGCAGAAAAUCACCCAGACGCGGCGCCCAGACCCUCCGACCGCAGCGCUGAGCGAGCCGCCGACCUUCGACUGCGCGCCCUGAGCCCCGCGCGGGUGGGAGCCGCGUCCUCCUGCGGGCCCCGGGCCGGGGCGCCAGUGCGCCUGCGCGGGCAGGCGGGGGUUGGGGGUGGGGAAGAAGUUGAUCAUUUCCGGUGGCGUUUGAGUGAUGUCCUAAGUGGCACUUUGAAGGGUGAGACCCCAAAGUGUGGCCGCUCGUGCCCGUUUUUAAAAGGUAGCAAAUUAGGAAAAUGUCCCCCACACCUCUCCCUGCAGCCAACUUUAGUUCCCUUGAUUGCAUAUGGCAUGGGGUACCGACCCCAGAACUAUAAUCACCCAGCACAGUAGCAUUUGUACAAAUUUAAAAAUAGUCUUCAAUUUUAAUAAUCUGGUGUGGGUAUUUUUGUACUGGUAUAGUAGCUUCUAACUAAUAUAUGGAUGAAAGGUUGUUAUUCAGUGUAUGUGAUUUUUUUUCUGGCACAAAAAGAAACCUGAAAUACAGAAUCAUUCAUAAAAAUUCA